ACACCGUGUACAUAUCCAGCCCUCCCCGCACAGCCAGCCUCGCCGCGCUCGCUGCUGCACCGAUCCGCAUUCCUCCAAUCCCGAUGCUACUGGCGCCUCCGACGACGGGUACCGGCUUGCCCUCGACGAGAUAGUUGAGGAGCCUGCGCCUUUGAUGGCCUCGUACGCCCUCCCGCUGAAUAGUGGCAGCACCGCACACAGCCAUGGCCACUCGCCUUCACACAGUCGCCCAGUCAUAUCCGAGCGACCUCCCUCCUGGAUUGGACAGCUUAACGGCGGCGCCCUGAAGAAGAUGCCGUCAAAUACAAGCCUCCAUAGCCAUAGUCAUUCACAUUCGCACCUCGACCACCAAUUGAGCCAUGAUAUGGGCCCGAGCGACCACCAGCACUCUCACAGUCAUUCUACUCCCGUAGAUAAAGUCUUAGCACUCAACCCCUUCACGAAAGGGCGCCCUCGAGGGGAGUCUGAUCUUGGGCGGGCCCCGCCACGUAUAAGCAACACCUCGAAAGGGUAUGCCUUCGACACAAUAGAAGAGGCACCAGUGCCGACAGGGACUUUAUGGCCCACACCAGAAGAACUGCUGACCGCACUCCUCAUUCCUCUCCCAUACCUAUUCGCCUCAAUAGCGUACCCUGCGGCCGUGGCAGUGCCUCCUACUCCUUUUCCAGCGCCUAAAAACUUCCCGGGCGAGCCCGAACUAGCAGACACUACGUCACUAGGGGCAAAACUGGGGUCGAACCUGUCUCCAUUCGUUCUCGCAUGCACCUUAUCCUCGACAACAUUGAUACUAGUCGGCAUAGUGUCCAAGUUGCGUUCUCUAGGGGAACCUCUGGAUCGUCGAAAGGGCUCCUUGGGUGGUUCUAAUGAUUCAGGGAAGAAGCAAGACUACUUUUGGAGUACUGCAGGGCUUCGUCGACUGGGUGGCAGGAUAUUCAGUGUCCUCUUGCCGUUUUACGGAGCAAUGCAUCUAGGAGGUGCAAGGGCUGCUAUCGUACUGCUGACAGUCGCUGCAACUGGAAUUGGCAGUUUUGAUACGCGCCCAGUGAAGCAUUCGUUUCUGGACAGCUGGAAAAGGACAUUUCGGACUAGGAAAGCUACGUGCGGAGUCCUGCUACUAGGACUACUAGCAGAUUUCCUAGAUGCUUCAGCAAGCUCCAGCACGUUGAUAUUAGGUCACCUAGCCCUCGUAUUGUCCAUCUUGACAAUUCCUCCUCCAUUCCCGACCACAGGCUGGUCCUUGCUCACGAAAUUCAAAGGAGCACCUACUUCAUCGACAUCUGGUGCAGGUGCUCCGUCUAUUCCACGGCUCUCUCUGGCAAAGCCAGUUUCGCCUUUAGUUUCAUCACCGGAAGAUACUCAUCUUACUUUGCUUGCAGGUUUAAUUCUAAGCGGCAUCACCAUGAUCUCUGCGAUUGCCUUAUCUGCUGCUCCGUCAAUUUCAUUUCCUGCAAUUACAUUUUCGACCCUUUCUGUAGCCUCAGCAACGGGUCUCGUUUUCUUUUCGGUUCCAUCUUCUUUACGGACACAACGGAAGCCCGGCGUGGCACUUGGCUGUAUCUUGAUAGCAGCUUUUGGUUAUCUGCAAAGUUCGGGCAUUUGGAGAAGAUCUCCAUAUAUUGCCGCUUUCUGUACUUUAUGUUAUGCGGCUGUUACAUUUGACACAACAGCCUCCGUUAUCCCACACGAUGCGGGCCAUCACGAUCACGAUCAUAAGCAUCAACACAAUCAUCCUCUGCAUGGAAACCACUCGAGAAUAACCGGCAUUCUCCUCAGAAAGUGCACUCCGGGGUCUAUCCUACGUAGUAUUCUCAUGGAAAGAGACUCUCGUAGGAUUGCCUAUUUUGCAGUGCUCAAUCUUGGUUUCAUGCUUGUACAAUUCUUCUACGGUUUCGUCAGCGGUUCGUUAGGUCUCCUAACCGACAGCAUACACAUGCUGUUCGAUUGUGCAGGUCUAGCUGUUGGUCUGGCCGCCGCUGUCAUGAGCAAAUGGCGGCCGAGUGUCCGCUUUCCCUAUGGCUUUGGCAAGAUCGACACCAUCUCUGGGUUCGCUAACGGCAUAUUCCUCAUGCUUGUGAGCGUAGAAAUCGUGUUCGAUGCUUUCGAGAGACUUUGGGAAGGAUCUGAGCUCCAUCGUCUGGACGAGCUGCUGGUCGUCAGCGUGCUUGGCUUCUUGGUCAACCUGGUUGGCCUAACAGCGUUUGGACACGCUCACCACGGCCACGAUCACGGAGGCCACGAUCACGGCGGCCAUGGCCAUUCCCAUGACAACGAGAACAUGCAAGGCAUAUUCCUUCACAUUAUGGCCGACGCCUUGGGCUCCGUCGCCGUCAUAAUCUCGACUCUCCUGACCAAGUACUACGGAUGGUCAGGCUGGGACCCCAUUGCGUCCUGCGCCAUCGCCGUCCUCAUUUUCCUCUCGGCAAUGCCUCUUGUCAAGAGCUCCGGCCUGCGUCUCCUGCUCUCACUUUCCGCGGACGUAGAGUAUGGCAUCCGUAACACGCUCCAAGAGCUCAGCUCCCUCCGAGGCGUAGUCGGCUACACAGUCCCCCGAUUCUGGCUCGAAGACGCUGGCGCCGCACACGCCGAAGCGCAUGCGCACGACCACAAGCAUGACCACGAUCAUGACCAUUCGCACGAUCACUCGCACGAAGAGCCUGCUCCUACGCAUACUCACGGAGACGAUUGCGACCAUGGCCACUCUCAUGAGUCGCCGCACGAGCACGAUCACGGGCACGAUCAUUCCCACGACGACCACGCCCAUGCGCAUCCCCCGGCCCAACCGAAGAUCCUAGGCGUGAUUCACAUCAUCACUUCCCGUAUCGCCGAUCCUGAGGACGUCCGUGAGCGCACGGUGCAAUUCCUCAAGGGGCGCGGCAUGGACGUCGUUGUGCAUGUUGAGCGUGAGGGUGACGGGAGGUGCUGGUGUGGUGGCGGGAGUAAGGUCGGCUGAGCUGAGUGAGGUAAUCCGCCGGAUAGUCCGGCUCCAAGUUGAACGGGCGAUGUUGGAUGUCAAAAGCUCGGCGAACUGGAGGAGAGAGCUCGGGUUCGGAACGAGCGGGGGAGACUCGGGAGGCCUUCAUUCGGAUUUGCUUAUCGAUCAGGCAGAUUCGCGGCUUCGAUCGGAUCUUUCAUAUGGGU